CUCGACAGGUGCAGCGUCAGCUUCAUCCUCUUCGACAAUGCGCUAAACGGCGAUUCUUACAUCCUAAUGUAACGCUCCUGAUCGCGAAUGUGAUGUGAUUGUUUCCAUCAGUGUUUAACCCAAUUAUCUUCAUCCUUCUCCUCCUCAUCAUCAUGUUCCCACGGGCGCAUCAUGUUCUUCUGUGCGCAGCUCUGCUCUGGGUCUCCAUCUCGGCCGGGGCGCGCUCUUCUCCAACAUCUGAGCUCAAAUCCCGGAUCUCCGGGGUGGAAGAGCUGCUAGAGGAGUUCCGCAAACAGCUGCAGCAAGAUGAGCCGGGCUCCCGGGAGCAGGAGGGUGACGGAGACCGCUGCGUCGCAAGCUUCAGGGCGGCGGAGUCGCGCAUCAUCCGCGCCAGCGCGUCCAUCGAGCAGGGCGCCGCGUUCUUGUCCGCGCCGCCGCGCGUUUUCAGCUGGAGGGACUGCGCGCGCGCCUGCUGCUCGCUCCCGCACUGCACAGUCGCCAUCAUCCAGGAGGACCUCAAGCAGCCAGACGACAGUUUGCGCUGCUAUUUGUUCAACUGCACCUACAGGGGCAGGAACGUCUGCUCUUUCUCCUUCCAGCCGGGAUUCAGCACCUACAGCCGGCUGAAUGACAGCUCCGGGGCCCCGGGCACACCUGCCACCGACGGGCCGGCCGGGAGACACGCACCUGCGCUCGGCGAGGAGGAGGCCAUGAUGCAGGAUCUGGACGAGCCGCCCCGCAGUGACGCUGGUCAGGAUCUGGUGGUGCAGCUGCCGACGGACUGGGCAGUGCUGGACGGCAGAGACAGCACCGAUGAUCACCACAUCACACGCUAUGAGUGGGCUCUCGUCAGAGGAGACCCUUCUGUUAAAAUGAAGGUAACUCACCCGGGCCUGUUGAAGCUCAGUGGACUCAGAGAAGGAGUUUACACCUUCGAGAUCACGGUCAUCGACACGGCAGGCCAGAAGAGCUCAGACAACGUGUCUGUCAGCGUGCUCGCCCCGGCCCCAAACGCACAGGUUUGCACAGGUCACUGUUCUCGCUAUCAGUUCAUGUGUGAUGAUGGCUGCUGUAUAGACAUUGGUUACGCCUGCGAUGGAAAGCAGCACUGCCCUGACCGCUCAGAUGAGGACUUCUGCCAGAACUUUGAUAGUGGUCGUAAGUCCAGUUCCUCAAAACAUGGACCAGAUCUACAGACUGAAGCUGCAGUACAGACACCCACAGAGAAGCAGCACACGGAUAUCUCCAAACCUGAACCACGCCAACAUUACGGCUUCAGUAACCAAGAUCCCUGUACAGCGCCUCCAGUGGUCGGCCCGUGUAAAGGCGUUUUCCCUCGCUGGUAUUAUGACUCUGAAACGGGAAUCUGCCAGCACUUCCAGUAUGGCGGCUGCAAAGGAAACCACAACAACUUCCUGCAAAAGUCUGAUUGUGUGAAUGAGUGCAUCCAGAAACCAACAGUAGCAAAUCAUCAGACGACGACAACUCCGUUAUUCAGCUUCAAACCAUACACAACUCCUGUGGCCUCUGUCCUUCAGGAAAAACUGCCAAAUCCUCCCUUAGACUCGCAGAAUUCACUGGCACUAAGGAAAACACAGCGGAUACUGGAGGGACACCCGCCUCCUGAAUCAGGUGCGAUCCUGCCGCUGGCCUUCGGUCUGCUCAUCAGCGCUCUGCUCCUGCUGAUGGUGGGCUGCCGGCUCUUCCUCGUGCGCCGCAGACUGAAGAAAGCUCUGCCUCUGACCACGGAAGAGUCCGAUUACCUCAUCAACGGCAUGUACCUGUAGCAGCACAGACCAAAGCCAGCCUCCAGUCUGCUGUGUCUGCGUGUAGAGGCUGAAGAAGCUGUCAGGUUAACGGUACUGGAGGCAGACCCUCCUCCUGGGUUUGGAUGCACCAGCUGGACGCAAGUUACAUCUCAGCAUUGACCGUAUUCUGCACUCGUUUUUGCGAUGGACCCUUUUCACAAGGCGGUUAUGACGCGUCUAACACUCAUCAGCAUCUGAAAUCCUCUAAAAUAUUUAGAUUUUAAUAAAACAUCAGAACAUUUACAGGCAUUUAUGUGUGUAUUAUAUCAUCUGUGCAUCAAAAUACUAAAAAUGAAUGAGCGCUUGUGUGAGGGGCAUCUAAUGCAGCGUCUAUGGGAGCAGGACAGUAAAUCUGACAUUAUUUGCUUUCCUUUUUCUGAAAGUCUUGCUAACACCAUCCUGAAGUGUUUACUUUAUUAUUACUAUUAUUAUCAUUACACUGAGCUCAGAGAUCACCAAAUAUGCUGACUUCUGCUGCUGAGGAUAUGUGAAAAGGGUCCAUUGUUUUAAUACUUCUGAUUCAGCUAUGUAGUGUGGCAGAUUACUGAAUCUUUUAUCGUGGUACCUUGAUUAAAACAUCACACAUGUAGUUGGUGCACUAUUUCUGGCAUUUGUACAUUAUAUUGAUCAUCCUUGAACCCUUUUAUUGAGAGGGUUUGUGAUGGAUUUGUGCCUCUUUUCUUGUGGCACAAAGAUGAAGCUGUGUGAUGUGACCGUGUGUCCAAAAUCUGCCAAAAAAAAAAGUUUGUGUCUUGUUUCUGGUUCAAAUAUUGAUAAACUCUUACAUUAAGAAGCGUUUUUUAGACCAGCACAAAAUAUUGUCUCGUUUUCAGAAGUAAUAUGCCUAAAGUAAGUGUGUUUUUCCUUUAAAUAAGCAAAAAAUAAUCUGCUAAUGGGGAAAAAGGGGUCAAAUAAUGUUAUUUCAGAGCAAAAACAAGAUUAUUGUACAUGUUUUAAAGAAAAACUCGCUUAAUUUUCACUCAAUCUUUCUGAAAACAAGAGAUAUUUUUGCCUAUCCAGAAAAUGCUUCUUGAUUUAAGAGUUUUUGGAUAUUUAGACCAUAUAAACAACACUUUUGAUUGUCACUGGAGUGGGAAAUUUAGAUUGAGUUGUAUUUAUUUGAUGCACCACAAGCCUGAUUUUCCCCUCAUCUGUCUGACUUUAAAUGACAAAUACUGCAUCACUGAUUUCUGUGUUUAAUUUGGGAGAACAUCUGAAAAAUGUGCUCAGCCUUAAAGGGAUAGUUCUCCCAAAAUCUUCUAGUUCUGUCAUAUUUUACUUACUUUUACCUUUCACUUGUAUAAGAGUCUUUCCUACAUCGAAAAGAAGAUAUUGACCUCCAUUAUAGAGUCAAUCUAGGGCCAUAUAUACUUGCAAAAUAAAAGAAAGAUUUGCAAACAAAAAAUAAAGUGUUCAGCAAAAACAAAUAAAUAAAUGCACAUCUCCAAAAUUCGCAAAGGGAAAAUCAUUUUUAGAGAAAUAAAAAUUAAUUUUGCUAACAAAAAAAGUCAAAGCAGUGCAAAAAAAGUAGAAAAUUAGCAAUAAAAAAAAGGCUAUACUGUAUAUAUUUGCAAAACAUUAUAAUAGCACAGCAUUUACAAAACCCUUACAGUCAAUUGCAAUGCUCAUUUUGCUUUGCUUUUUAGUCAACCGUGAGUUUGCGAUGCUGUGUUCACUUUGCACUUCACAUUUUUGCGCGUUUCAUCUUUGUGGCCCUGAUUUGACAAGGGGGCGGGGUCAAGGGAACUUGGGCGUUUAUGGCAGGCUCGGACCUGCCUCCAUUUAAGCGACGUCAUCACCUGGAGACACAGUAUCACCGAGAUGAUCUUAUAGCUCAGUAGGUCCGGGCCUGCCGUAAAGGCCCAAGUUCCCUUGACUCCACCCUCUUAUUUUGAAAAUAUAUGUUUAUGUCAGCGCCAAUAGCCUAGUGGUACUGUACACUGACAUAUAGCACCAACGUGCUCAUGGCGACCCGAGUUCAAUUCCCAGCUCAAGGUCCUUUGCCAAUCUUUACCCUCUCUCUUCUCCCAAUGCUUUCCUGUCUUAAAUCUCUACUCUCCUAUCAUAAUAAAGGUGAAAAACCCCUAAAAAUAUAUAUGUUUGUUUGUUUUUAAUUGUAAAUAUUGUAGUUUUUUUGCGCGGAUUGAUUUUUAUUUGCAGUUCUUUUUUGUUUGCGAAUGUCAUUUUUAUUUCUCAAAACUUACUUUUCU